AUGGCGACACACGCUGAAGGGGUCAGGCGCAGACGGGAGUGUAAGGAGGCAGGUCGUCGUCAAGCUAUUCUACGGUUGAGAUCCUAUGAGGAUAGCUGUAGAAGUGAUGUGCAGACUAUGGUGCAAAGGGAAGCUGAUUCGGUGGUGAGGGAGGUUAUGGGGGGAGCGGUCAGUGAGAGUUCGAAUCAAACGGCACUACAGGAAGCUCGAGUGGCUGCUAGAAUUAUUGAUCCUCUUCUGAAUGUGAUGGAGGAGGAAGAGGGUGGUCCGGACGAUUACCAGGAUGUU